CCUCCUGCCAGGCUGGGGUCGAAUCCUCCAGCGAUACAAUCCACAUCCCUUGGCGGAGUGAGGCGAUGUCCAGACUCGGAGGGUAUCGCUUCUUGGUGUAGGGGUCGGUUUAACCCUGAUGCCUGCCGGCCCCAUCCUCUGCUCCCGCCCCGUGAUCUUCUAGGAGGAGCCUAAAUGCCCGCUGCUGGGGCUGCAGGGGAUUGUGGUGCGUAAACAGGAUUAACUCUCUCUCCCCCAGUCGUGUGGCUUUGCGCGGAGGCCUGCCGGUCUGAGCGAGUCCUCGGAUGCACCGAGGACGCAGCGCGGGGAGCGGGGGAUGGGGCGGCUCGUGGCCUCAGAGGUGUCUCUGAGGCCGGCGUCCUUGCCGAGAGUGGCGAGGGGCCACAGACUCCCCAGCUGCAGCUCCAAAGCGCAGGCGGACGCCAGCAACUGCUCCUAGCUGCUGCCUCCCUUCCACCACCUCCCUGUCCCUCCCCGCGCGUCCUCUCCGCCCACCGCGCUCCAGCCGCUCGGUCGCAGCCAGCGCUGUCCUCCGCCCCCCACCCCGGGAGCCACCGUGACAGCCCCUCGCCCAGUCAUGGGGGACCUGCCGGGCAUCGUGCGCCUCUCCAUCGCGCUUCGCAUCCAGCCCAAUGAUGGCCCGGUCUUCUUCAAGGUGGACGGGCAGCGCUUCGGCCAGAACCGCACGAUCAAGCUGCUCACCGGCUCCUCCUACAAGGUGGAGGUGAAGAUUAAGCCCACCACACUGCAGGUCGAGAACAUUUCCAUCGGUGGUGUGCUUGUCCCACUGCAGCUGAAGUCCAAGGAGCCUGAUGGGGACAGAGUUGUUUACACAGGCAUAUAUGACACAGAAGGUGUGGCCCCAACCAAAAGUGGAGAACGACAACCUAUCCAGAUCACCAUGCCGUUCACAGACAUUGGGACUUUUGAGACGGUGUGGCAAGUCAAAUUCUACAAUUAUCACAAGCGAGACCACUGCCAGUGGGGAAGCCCCUUCUCAGUCAUUGAGUAUGAAUGCAAGCCCAACGAGACACGCAGUCUCAUGUGGGUGAACAAGGAAUCCUUCCUCUGAAGAUACUUCUUUCUGGCGUUGCUGGACAAUCUCCAGAAAUCUACUUUUAGAUAAAUCAGCACAAGCCUUAGACAAGGCGCACCAACUAUGGCUGUUUCCUACCUGCACCGAUGACCUACUAGCCCUGAUUAUUGGGAAAGUGUAACUCCCUUCUGAUGCAGUAUCCCUGACAUGAAAGAUGGUGAUGUCCCACCCCAAAAGUACUCCUCUCUUUGUUCUGUGCUGGUGUUCCUGCAUCCAACGUGCCCAGUUAUUCUGUCAUCCACUGUGACUGGAGCUCAGUGGAACUGGCAGACUUAUCCUGUACUGGAGGCUUCCACAGAAUCACUGUGGUGUUGUGUUUCUGAGAUGAGUAAUUCCCCCUUUUUUUUGUUCAUUGUGGAGUUAAAAAAAACAAAACAAUGUGCUUGGGUCCUCCCAUGUGUGAUAUGGUAACAUGUAAUGUUUGUCAGUUUCCAAAGCAGGCUUUGUGAAAAUGUAAUACAAACAGCAGUGAAUGGGUUUCAAGUGUUGUGCUUUCCAUCAACAGCUCAGCUUUUUCAGGGAAAGAUCAUGCAAAUAAAAGGAUGCAUAUGUAAAGAAGUAUUUGUAAUGUAUCAAUUUUCUUUCAAGGAACUCAAGGUAUUGUU